CUGAGGGUUGAAAAAAAUCGAUUCUUAUAACGAGGUUUAUUUUAUAUAAAUUGAUAGAGAAGGGAUUGCUUAGAUAUAGUUCCCUGCGGUGUGCGGGGAUAUCGACAAUAUAUACUAUCCAGUACCCAGUGUCCGUAGGUCCCGAAAUCAGUAGGGUAACUGCUCGUACAUUGAAAUAUCCCGAUAUGUUCGUCCUGAUAUGUCCGCGUGCUGUUACCUUCAUAUGGAUAGGUAUUCCCUGAUCCCUACUUUUUUCUACUCGAUUCAAAGAGAAUUUCGAAAACCGAUUCAAAACUAGACCCAACAGAAAUUUUUUUCUCAUCAGCCCGGCUCAUCCUUUGUGGUCAGUUGAAUUUAUAAAACCUAAUUUUAAUAUUUUUUGGGUAAUGAGGUUCGGCUGAAAAAUUAUUAAAUUUGCAAACAGUUAUUUUCAGGUGCUAAAUAAUAAAAAAAUUAUUUUUGAAACGUCUUAUCUAAUAAAAAAUGCCUUCUUUAAACGAAAAUAAUUCUAAUAACAAUACUCGCCUUGAUUUGUUGUUAAAUGCUCGAUUGGAUGAAAAUGAGAGUUUUAUGGAGGCUUUUAAUUAUUUAAACGAAAAUUUGAAUGUUGGAAGUGCUAAUAUAACAGAACAAGCGCUGAGAAUGGCUGUAGAAGAUAGAGAACUUGCAUUGAAUCAACAAUAUUUGGAACAAUUUGAAAAUGUUGGUUUGGAAAUUUUUUUUUAUUUUUCAUUAGAAUACUAG